GCCGUGGUACCGAUUCGGUUAAGCCAACUACCGAUGGCGAUGACAUCGCUCCUCUGCCUGCCCGCCCGCCCGCGCACACUCCCGCAUUCGCAGCAUCCCGUCGUCGUGGCCAUGGCCGCCCCACCCGCCCGUUCAACCGCUUCACGAGUCGCCGCCGAGCCCGCAUCACCGUCGGGACCCUCGCAUGCCGAGUGUCGAGGCUCUCCUCCAGCUUAACCAACAAUCGCGCCCCGCCUUCUUUCCUUCCUUCCUUCCUUCCACUACCCCUCCAUAAUCCGCAACACCAUUAAACCACCAACCAACGACACCAACCGACAUAUCAACGCUCAACAUGGCUUCCAUCGGGAGCCAGAACGACACACUCCCUCCGCCGCCGCCGCCCGGAGAUAUUGAAGGACCUCCUACUCCUCGCAAAGGCCUCGGCUUCCCGGCGGUGGUGACCGACACGAUCGCCGGUCUCUGCGCUGGAGCCUGCGGAACGGUGAUAGGACACCCAUUGGACACGGUUAAGACGCGCCUCCAAGCCGACAGCUCGAACCAGUCUCGCAGAUUUGGAGCCUCCUACAGGAUUUUGAAGCACUUGUAUCUCCACGAGGGUAAGGGCUUCUUUGGCGGUCUGUAUCGCGGAUUGCCGGUGAACAUGGUCGGUAACGCCUCUGGUUGGGCGCUGUACUUCGUGUUUUAUGGCGAUAUAAAAACUCGGUUCUACGGUAACAAGUUGGAUUCGGCCGAUUACUUCGUCGCCUCUAGCGCCGCGGGUGUGGUGACCACUAUCCUCACCAAUCCUUUAUGGAUCAUCAAAACCCGGAUGCUAGCCAACGCCGCCUCGCCUUCUGACAAGUACCCCUCGAUGUUGAUCGGCCUGAAAAACAUCUUGGCCGAGAGUGGUGUCCGCGGUCUCUUCAAGGGGCUCACGCCCGCGCUCUUCGCCGUCGGCCACGGGUCCGUACAGUUCACGAUUUACGAGCGACUCAAGGAAUGGCGGCUUGCGCAGAAGGGCUCCGAGUUGGGCACUACGGACUUCAUCAUGUGUAGUGGCACAGGCAAGUCCGCAGCGUACAUCUUCUCGUGCCCCCUCAAGGUGAUCCAGACCCGGACGCAGAAUGUGGACAAAGGCUACAACGGUCCCCGAGACGUCGCGAUAAAGAUCUGGAAGGGCGAGGGACUCCGUGGGUUCUACAAGGGCCUUGGAGCCAAUGUCGCGCGCACACUACCAGCAACGUGCAUUACAUUCUUGGUCUAUGAGAAAGUCAAGCGCUCGCUCGGGUAGGCGAAUACGCGAUCACCGGUAGAGAUUCAUCUGGCGUACCGUAGAUUCGGCACAUUUUUCUCGAUAUACCUAUACCUCCUAUACCUUUGUACGGUGUUUGGAAAUUGGCACGGCGGCGGCGUUUUUCUGGGAUUUCUGUUCGAGAGUUGUGAAGGUAUCUUGGUUCUUCUUUUCUGUGGCUUUGAUAGGUGUCGGCGGUGCUGGGGCUACAUGUCAUACAAGUACGGGAGGCUUCGGCUUACAUCUAUAUAGCUGGCUUUUUUUCAGUGGCUUUUUCUUCUUUUUUCUUCUUGUUCUUUUUGGUGUUUGGGAGGUUUUUUUGGGAUAGGAUUGGCGAUUUAUUCGUGUAUAUGGCGGGGUGGGGGGGAGAGUGGAAUCACUCAUCAGCAACAGGUGAUUAUCUAUGGCCUCCUCUGAGAAUCUAGACUGUUGUUCUACCGUUGUUCCAGGACAUUCGGGGAGGCGGGGUGAAGAGGGG